AUGCCGAUCGGUCUACGUAAUGUCGUCCAAACGUUCCAUAGGUUCCACGACCAUGUCAUACGUGGCCUACCAUUUGUGUUUGCCUGCAUUGAUGACCUUGUUGUGGCCAGCCGGGAUGAAGAAGAACACAAAGAGCAUCUUGUUCUGGUGUUUGACCGUCUUGACAAGUUUGGCGUUGUCAUCAACUCCUCUAAGUGCGUGUUGGGUGUGCCUUCACUCGAGUUCCUCGGCCAUCAAGUCGACUCUGAAUGUUUGCGUCCCCUCCCCUCCAAGGUGGAAGCAGUUCGUAAUUUUCCUCCUCCAACUUCCAAGUGUCAGUUACAGCGAUUACUCGGCAUGGUCAAUUUUUACCCCCGGUUCCUACCGAACUGUGCUGAUCUCAUGUUGCCGCUCACCAACAUGCUUUCUGGUUCCAAAGGUCCCCUCGAGCUGACAGUUGAAGCACUGACUGCUUUUGAGAGAAUCGAGAAUUUCCUUGCUGAUAACGCCUUACUCACGCAUCCCGCUCCCGAAUCUCAGUUGUCUCUGAUGGUAGAUGCUUCGACCGUAGCUGUAGGUGCAGUCCUUCAACAACUCCUUGCUGGUCCUACUCGACCAGUUGCCUUUUUCUCCAAAAAGCUCCUACCAGCCGAGACACGCUACAGUGCAUUUGGCCGUGAACUACUUGCCAUUUAUCUGGCUGUGAAGCAUUUACGGCAUUUUCUUGAAAGUCGGGACUUCGCUGUUUUCACAGACAAUAAACCGUUUACUUUCACACUUCGUUCCCACUCCGACAAGUACAAUCCGAGAGAAAUCGCCCACCUGGACUACAUCGCUCAAUUCACCACCGACAUCCGCCACAUUGAUGGCACGAAGAAUGAGGUGGCUGAUAUGCUGUCUUACCUCCAACUCUUACACGGGAUGGAGAUUUGCGCCAUGGCGAAUGAGCAACAGCGAGUCGGUUGUCCUGAUGACGAGUCUGUUAGUGGUCUCCAAUUCAAAGACGUUCCACUGACCACCGGCUCUGGUACCAUACUUUGUGACGUCUCACCUCCCUUUCAUCGCCCUUUCGUGCCCGUCUCGAUGCGUUGA